CUAAUCCUAUGUAGUCAAACUUUCUAUGCUUGACGAUGAACUUGCCUUUACGGCUUACGCUCAAGUUGCCAUGGCCUCUUUGGGUGAAUUCAAUGAACGCUAUGUUCAGAGUAGGCAGGCUGAACCACAAUCUUCCUGGCUAUUAUCCUCUUUAACUUCCAUGGGUGGAUCUAUGUUUGUUUCCUAUGAAGCAGAGAUUAGGAUCGGACAAGUCAAAGCUAACGAUGCGGGACUAUUAGCACUGUACCAAGCCGUCCAUCUCAAUCGACAUUUUGUUGGUAUCAUAGCGCAAAGCUUAGCAGACGUAAAUCCUCCAACAGCCAGUCCAGAAGACAGUGAAAUAGCUAAUCAAGCGAAUCAGGCCGAUAUUACGAAUCCGAAUAAUGCAACUAGUGGCGAAAAGAACAACGUGACAUUGCCGCCUUCUGUAGAUAUUGCCAUGCCCACCUCCAAUCUCAUGGCUACAUAUUUGGAAUACUGUUCAAUUGUGAUGCAAGACACUCGUUCAGAAGCUUCGUAUCACAGCACUAAGCUUUGCUUCCUAAUACUGACUUGCGUUUCAGAAGACGAGUACGCCAACUAGUUGAUGCACGAUCCUGGUUUA